AUGCACUUUCUGUUGCUGACAGCGUUGCCAUGCAUCGCCGUGGCACACAUGCGUGGCGUGACCUCCAACACGAAGUUCCUUGAUAUUGCGUUUCUAACCGAAACGGACGUCGACGAAACGAUUGCGCGAGAGGCCAACUCCAGCGGAAGCAAGCUGGCGACCCUCCGGUCAGCGUUGGAAACGACAUAUGCCGCGCUUCCCAAAUCGGACGGCCACCUAACCGAGCAGACAGUGCGCUACGUCCUGCACCGCUACUUCCUGAACCAACAUGGUUGGUUAAUCAAGGGACUCGAACCGCAAAACACCUCCUGGGCUCAUCAAACGAAGCAGGUCCAGCAGGACUGGUCGAGUUGGCUCCCGUCGUAUUUGCAGAAGAAGUUCCAGGUGCAAAUGCAGCGGGGCACCGAGCUGUCAGCGCUGGCAGAAAUGGUGGCCGUCAUCGAGGACUUGGUCCACAAGGAGGCAGAACUUCAACUCCAGGAAGUCUACGAAGCCAUGGGGAAGGAUGCAACGAUGCCUCUCAAUCGCUCUGCGGCCCUUGAGGUGAUCGACAUGUACGCUUUGGUCUUCCUGGUUGCACGCAACAUCUCCGUGGCAGACCCUAGCAAGAAUCGGAAGAGGUUGCUGGGUUUCAGGAGAAAGUAUCACGGCUUCGCGGAGAUGCACAGGUGGCUAGAGGGCUUGGUGGAGGAAAAGUUGAAGAUGGGCCAGGAUGUGGAGUUCCAGCGCCUCAAGGAGGUGGUGUGGGAGGUUGGUGACCGAUACCCAGAGUUCAACGACCAGGAGUGCCACCAACUGAAGCACACGCUCAUGGGCAUGGAGGGAGGAAGCCGAAAGCCUGGGCGAAUCCCGUUGGUAGACUUCUACAACAAGUCCAAUCACAACCACUGGAGGUUCACAGAGAGCCCUGAGUACCUCCGUGACCUGGGUGCGCUGGACGAGGCCGACCCUCAGCGGCCGCAUGUCCUUCUUGCCAAUUACCUCAGCAGCUUCAACAAUUGCCUGCGGGCCACGAGCCUCUAUGCUGUCUGCUGCCGGAACCCCUGUGAGGGACUGCUUGCGUCCUUGGAGAAGGAGGUCGGAGGACCCUAUGCCACUCCGGACCAGCUUGCUGCACUGGUGGCGAAUCUCUCCACCGAUACCAUGCCGAAGCGCUCGGGCCCAGAGAAGCUGGAGGCAAAGCUCCUGGAGCGCCUGCGCUCGAUCGGCAGCCAGGUGCCGCUGCACGGACGUCUCUUCGCCCAGUGGAUGCACCAUGCCUUUCCCCGCGAGUGUCCGUACCCGCAUGCCGCCGGCACGACGAAUCCGCAGACACCCGACGAAUGGAUGAAAGCCAUGGGUAAAAGCACAUCCAUCUCCGAGCAGCAGAAGCAAGCGAUCGUCGAAGCUUACUGCCCCUCGGUACCAGAAGACCAGGCAUCGAAGGAGUGUGGUGUUGAGACUGCAGAGCUGCCCUGGAACGAUCGGGAGGAGCUGCUCGAGGUGAACCGUGAACACAAAAUCUCUGACAAGACUUCAGCAACGCCCGCAGACGAAAUCACGACCAAUGAAGGUCAAGCCUGCUUCAGCUGGGCUAGCUUGGCGAAACGCAUCGUCCCAGGUUUAGCCAUCCUUCUGGGGCGUCGUGGACUGGCAAAGCUUCGACAUGGCCUUGUCGUCGGACUUCUGGCCUGGGUGGGCAUUGCCUUUGAGAUUCUGGACUUCCGCGUUGUUGUGGCAUCGGGCCUGCUCUACAUGCUCUGGCAAAAGGCCACGAGCCCCUGCAUUGAGAUCGGUGAGAUUCGGAAGACGGAGAAGUGUGAGGUUUAG